UAAUCUUAGAUACACAGGUGCCAACUUGAAACUCACUUUUAUGUAAAUAUAACUGUCAAAUGCCUUCUGACAGGAACCAAGUUUUAGCGCCUGACUGAUCUUUAGGGACUCUAGCCGGUUAAUUGUCUUCACGUAACUUGCAUGCAUACCGAAGGGCUACAUUUUUUGCAGAUAGCUUCACAGAGCACUGCACGUUUUUGACUCGACCGCACGCAUAUACCUGAAAAGGAAGUACAAGCAAUGCCUCAAAUCACAGCUGCGGCUAUACUUCAGAUAACUUUGCUACUGUCAGCUUUGCCGGCGCAGUAUUUGAUAUCCAAGUGGAGCGGAAGCACUGCGGCGCAGCGACAUCGCGCCACACAACGACUUCUUAGCGCCUGGAAUGACUUAAGGAAAUCUUAUCUAAAUUUGACCGUGUGGACAGACUGGUUGGACCAGUGGAUUUCUAAAUUCACGUUCUUUACUUCUCAGAAAGAGGACGAUGUGGGAGAGUCCCUAGCUAUAGAGGUGCUGAUGCACGACAAUGACCAGGGCUACUUUGGAGCCUCCAAGGAGGCGCGCAGCCCCCGGCCUCCAUACGUCUUACACCGGGUAGGGCAGGUGGUAUUGGAGAAGGGGAACCGCAUGGUUGGAGUGAUCGUCAGUUGGGACCAUAGGCUGAAGGCCCCCGCAGAGUGGAUCAAGAGGAUGUAUUCGGACUCUGAGCUGCAGAGAGUUGAAGACACCCCCCAUUAUAAGGUGAUCUUUAAUGGUCCAGGACCCUCCUCACUGAUGGUAGGAUAUCUCCCCCAAUCAUCACUGGAGCUAUUCUCAGGUUUCCAGCCUGAAAUCCCAACUUUGGAACAUUACUUCAGCCACUUUGAUGGAAAGCGGUUUGUCAUGAAGCCCUGGCUGCAGGAAUUGUUCCCUGAAGACUGACAACAGCCCACGCUGCUGAAACAGGAACUCUACUGUUCAGCUUGUGCGCUGCUGACGAGCAUUCAGAAUUCUAGAGGUAGAAAAAGGCUGUGCCAGACUACUGAUAAACGCAACUGUAGGAAGAGUGCUCUGUGUGGCAUCGACUGUCACACUCAUUCAUGGACUUUUCUUUUGCACUGUCAUGGUUGUACAUGCCCUUUAGAAUUCAGCUGAAUGUGCCAAAGUGAAUGAAGUACAUUGCAUUUCUGCAAAAAUACCUAAGAAAUGGGGAAAAUUACAUUAUGUGGUUAAAGACUGUAUGUAAAGUUUGCAUUCGUGUUAUUCUUUGGGAAAGUUUUUUUUUUUUUUGAUUAACAAGCAAAAACA